UCUACAAGUAAAAUCAACUGAACAUCAUGUUUAUCCGCCCCUCUACUGUUCUCGUUGUCCUCCUCGGCCUGACGGCCCUUGUCAGCGCUGGAGUGCCACUGGCUCGUAGGGGUCCUAGCAUCGAUGACAUUGACAAGCGCGAGGCACCCCCUGCUGCUAGGUCUAAUGUCGUCGCGAGCUUCACAUCGCCUUCAAUCAGAACCUCAUUCCCACAUCUCGCAAAAAUGCCAAAGAGAUCAUAAAUAGUUUUGCCGAUUGCUGUUCAAUUUCUUGACAUGUUGUAAUUCCUAGUGAAUAACAACCGUAGAAGUCAUGAAAAACCUACAAACUUUGGAGUUUUAGACUGUGCCGGUACACACUUUCGAUUAUCUUACUCGCUAGUUCACUUCUCGUAGUUUUGAAAAGAUGAUUUGUGCAUAGAAUAACUCUUGUCAAUGCCAUCUUUUCAAAUUUUCUAAUACUGAGC